CAGAGACCGGCUGAUUGGUUGAAGGUUAUCUCGCGGUUAGUGUCAGGCCAGGUAAUACAGAUUCAGUGUCAAAGCAAAUACAUCAAAGGCACAUUUAUUUAGGAGUUGAUAUCAAAAGUUACCAUGGCAAGUAUGAUAACAGAUCUGAUCAGGCAGUAUGAUGAGGCCUUACCCCAUGCAGAUCCAAGAACCAAAGAUUGGCUGCUGGUCAAUAACACUCCGGUAUAUGUAUGGGCUCUUACUGCCAUCUAUAUGCUGAUUGUGUUUCUGGGACCAACUAUUAUGAAGAAUAGACGACCAUAUGACCUCUCAGCAUUCUUGGUAGUCUAUAACCUUGGCCUGGUGGCUCUUUCCGCCUAUAUGCUAAUUGAGAUAAUUUUGAGUACAUGGAAUGCUGGUUAUUCCUAUAUAUGUACACCAUACAGUAAAAAAUCAUGGGAUAAUCCAAAAGAACUCAGGGUUGCCAAAGUGCUGUGGUGGUAUUUCUUUUCUAAAGCAAUAGAGCUAUUGGAUACUGUGUUGAUGGUGUUAAGAAAGAAGAACAAUCAAAUCACCUUCCUGCACUGGUUCCACCAUAUCUCCAUGCUCAACAUCUGGUGGUGGGUGAUGAUGUUUAUACCAGGGGGCCAAUCCAUAUUUGGAAGUUCACUUAACUGCUCUGUGCACGUCGUAAUGUACGCUUAUUACGGUCUAUCAGCCAUCCCAUCUUUACGUGGAAAACUAUGGUUUAAAAACUACAUUACACAGUUUCAGCUGACUCAAUUUUGUGUAACAUUAGCACACUCGAUUCAUUCUAUAUACAAACCAUGUGAUUUUCCAAAGUGGGGCGAGUGGCUAUUGGUUUGGUAUAUGGUUGCCAUGCUGAUCCUGUUUUCGAAUUUUUAUAUUCGCACAUACAUGUUAAAGAGACAGAAGGCCAGGGAUGCGAAAAAUGGAGUUUCUCAUAAAAAUGGUUUCGUCACCAAUGGAAAUAGUGUUUCAACCAAUGGUGUUUCAACCAAUGGUGUGUUAUCAAACGGAGAUGCUUCCAAUGGACAUGUGAAAAAACGAAAAGUUUAAUACAUAGAGUGAUACUGUAGCAUUUAGGAUCUAAAUAUUGGCAUCUGAUAGUUUUAUGUCAC